AUGGACACAUAUACACCACCAAUAGGCGGAGAACUCCUCAAGCAAUAUCUCCGCUUCAUGGAAGCGGGCGAGCUUGAUGAAGCGCGCAAGAUUCUUGUGAACCACGGUAUCGACCCACCUGAGCUUGCGAAGGUCUCAUUCGAGUCACCGGUCGAAAGCAAGAUGAAAGCGAUUGAGGAAGCCAACUUCGUGUUUAAGCAGCAGCGGCAAAAGUCAAGGCUAGAGUCGAAGUUCUUCCAGGAGGUUACACGCCUCAUUUACGAAUCCAAAGUACUCGAGACUUUUACCAGAAUGAACGUUUUUAUCGGAAAUGUUAUUUUCAGCUACGAGGGGAAAGGGAAGGUUCAAAGACCAACGCUCAUCUUCAAAGUUGAAAGAGAAAUUACCGCCAAGGAAGAUGAGAAGGCAGACGAAGCUCUUUCACUAUUCCGGGAUACACUUCGCUCGGAAAUUGACAACAAGCAAAACCUCCCGGAAGAACUUCAUGUUGGGCUCCCGUGGGGUUUAGGCAAGGAUAAAAGUAAGAAGAUACACUGCCUAGAUGAGACUUCUAGGGGCAAGCUCGAUCUGGCACAUUGCCUUGACGAUUUUGCCUAUUCCUACUUGGAUUUGGGGGGUUUCGAUAUACCGAACGAUGCCUCCUCUUGA